UUUCGAGCGGACUCACCGCUUUUUGGGAAGACACCGAGAACAAGAACGCAGACGGUUUGGAUGCGAUUGCCAGGGAAGCUGCAAAGCGCGUGAUCGCGCUCGAUCUUGAUGCCAGUGUCGCUAAUCAGACUUAUCUAUCGCUGUUCAAAACGAACGUUGUACAACGAGUACGGGGAGAUCCGUUGUUUUGCAGUACCAAGGAAUGCCUUUCAAACGACAACAAGG